GGGGCUAGUUGGCAGCAGGGGUAAGUUGACGAAUUGCGUUUAUCUGCAAAGUCUUUCAUCAAAAAGUGCCAAUAAUUUCAGGAAACCUUCUUAGUUGACCAUUUCAUCUUUCACUGUAGUAUUGUGGGGAUUUGCGCAUGCGCAUAAAAGAUAUUGUGAUUUAUGUGUUUUUUCCACAUUUUUGUAACUUUUACAACUUCUUUAUUUUUUCGAUUUUUAAAAGCAAUUUCAUCAAGUACAAGUAAACUUGAUUGGAGUUAUAUCUUGCAUGGUUCAGUAAAAUCUGUCCAACCAUUAUUUUUUAUUUAUAUACGUUUUUCAGGGAUCGGUAGGGGAGUUUGUGACCAAAUAGCUGUCGGGGUUAGUUGGCAAAAUUUUGGCGGGGCAAGUUGGCCGUAUAUAUCAACUAAACCCGGUUGCGAUUGGACAUAAAUUUUAACUUUUUCUAUAAAUUUUGAUUUAUUUUUUUAAAAAUCGAUUAGAUAGAUCACAUAUAUUACAUGCGAAACUAUAAAAGAAAAACAAAGAGGGCUAUAACUCCUCAAAAUGUUAUAAAAAAUGCUGUUGAUGCUGUUUUAUUAGAAGGAAAAUCUAUACGAAAAACAGCCAAAGACUUUAAUAUCCCUGAAAAAAGUUUGUCCCGAUACUGCAAAAAGCAACAACGUCAUAGUCAGCAAAUAUCAGGUUACAUAAAAUCUAGACAGGUCUUUACUGAUUUACAAGAAGGUCUGUUGGAACAAUAUGUGACUAAAGCUUCUGAUAUUUAAUAUGGACUUUCUCCUAAGGAAGUGAGGAAACUAGCUUAUCAGUAUGGAAAAGCGAAUAGCAUAAAAAUGCCUCAUAAUUGGAGUGCAAAUGAAGCAGCUGGAGAAGACUGGUUCAGUGCUUACCUCAAAAGGCACAAAAAACUGUCAAUAAGAAAACCUGAGGCAACAAGUCAAGCACGUGUUUCCAGUUUUAAUCCAACAAAUGUUCAAAGUUUUACAACAAUUUACAAACUAUUCUUAAUCGUUUAAAGUUGGAAAAUGGAGAUAUUUGGAAUAUGGAUGAAACUGGUAUUACCACAGUUCAAACUCCAGAUCAUAUUGUAGCAAGAAAGGGUUUUAAACAAAUUGGGCGUGUUACUUCGGCUGAGAGAGGCAAUUUAGUAACUGUGGCAGUUGCUGUUUCUGCCAGUGGAAAUUCAAUUCCUCCAUUUUUCAUAUUUCCUCGUGUGAAAUUUAAAAGCUAUUUUUUAAAUGGUGCUCCUGAUGGAAGUGCAGGCGCUGCAAACCCAUCUGGUUGGAUGACUGAAGUUCAAUUUUUGCAGUUUUCCCAUCAUUUUGUCAAAUAUGCCAGAAGUACAAAAGAACGACCUGUUUUGUUGCUAUUAGACAAUCAUGACUCUCAUCUUUCAGUAGAGGCUUUAGAUUACUUUAAAGAAAAUGGGGUAUCGGUUUGUUCAUUUCCUCCUCAAGGCAGCCAUAAACUUCAACCUCUAGAUCGAAGUGUAUUUGGAUCUUUUAAAAAAUACACAAACACAGCUUGCGAUGCGUGGAUGACAAUGCACCCUGGUUCCACAAUGUCUAUUUACAGUUUACCAGGUAUUGUGGGUAACUCAUUUCCAUUAGCAUGUACCCCUAAUAAUAUCAAGGCUGGUUUUGCAAAAACAGGAAUUUACCCACUGAAUAUUAAAAUUUUUGGUGAACACGAUUUUAUGCCAGCCUAUACCACAGAUAGACCACCUCCGAAACAAGACUGUGCUGUGGAAAGUACAGUGCUAAAUAUAAGUAAUGUAACGGAUGUUGACUUUACAAUAUCUGAGAAUGACAUGUUAAAUGCUGGUUGCUCAAAAGAUAUAAAACCACGUCAAGAUAUUUCAUAUUCAAGCAGUAAUGAUGAACACAGUGCAUCUACAGAGUCAACUGUAGUUCUAUUGCCUGAAGAUUUAAGACCAUUCAAAAAAGCUGAACCAAGAAAAAGAGUUAGGGCUAAUAAAAGAAGUAGAACCACAUCAAUUUUAACAGAUUCACCAAAUAUGAAUAUGAGUAAAAGAUCAAAUAGUAAAGGAAGUUUACACUUAAUGGAGAAAAGUUUGAAUUGUCCAAAUAGCUCUGUUGUAGAGGAGUGUUUUUGUUUGGUUUGUGUUGGAAUGUUUUCUAAAAGUAAAGCAGGGGAAGUUUGGGUUCAAUGUACCCAAUGUCACCUUUGGGCUCACGAGUCAUGUAUAAUCGGAAAAUCUUUGUUUUUCAUUUGCAAUAAUUGCUGCUAG